CACAAACACACACACACACACACACACACAAACGCACACACACACAAACACAGGAGAGAGGACAGCAUACAUUUAACCGAAACUCGCCGAAACACUGAAACAGAGAGAUGUCAGAGUCUGCAGGCCGCAACUCCUCUGUCUCCUCCAUCUCUUCCAUCUCUCUGGUGGAGAUUAAGGCGGAGACUCAUCUGGUCCUGCAGGCUUUUCUCCAUCGGACCCUCUCCAUGCCCCUGAAGGAGAGGCCUGGCACAGUAGGAGGGCUCUACAGAGACCACAGCAAGUACAGCUCCAAACCACUACAAAAAGUAAAGGAUGGGGGAGAUUAUCAAGAUGUCACUUCAGCAGAUGAGAAGAAGACUGGAUUCAAGGACUUCAUAAAGCAGCUGCCUCUAAAUAACACCAUACGCCGGCCCGCCAAAGAACCUAAAGGCUCCCUGGACCGGGACAGCAGGUCCAAGGCCGUCAGAGACCUGACAGACGAUGAUGUCAUAUCCCCCUCCUCUACAUCAGAAGAAGAUGACGGCGAGAAGAGACAGCCGAAGAAGUUGAACCAGAAGAAGAUUAAAAGAAAGAUCUCCAGUUUCUUCAAGAAAAGGAUAGAAAAAGAAAAAGAGAAGGACAGAGAGAGGGACAAAGAGAAGGACAGAGAGAGGGACAAAGAGAAGGACAGAGAGAGGGACAAAGAGAAGGACAGAGAGAGGAACAAAGAGAAGGACAGAGAGAGGGACAAAGAGAAGAACAAAGAGAGGGACAGAGAUGGAGCUCGUCCUCUGAGACCUUCAACGCUGCCAAUCGACAAACAGCUUGAACCCUCCCUGGCCCUCAUCUCUCCCAACCACCCUCCUGAGUUCUAUGAUGAAGUAGCAGAGAAGCUGGAGAAGAUUGCCCGGAGGAGCACCUGUAAAAAGACUGUGAGUCCCACAGUCCCGCCCCCAACAGCAGUGUGGGACAAAGAUGUCGUGGUGCAGCAGCUGGCUCAGGUUCUAUCUUUAGAGGGAGAUUCGAUCAACAAUAAGAUCCAGACGGACCCCUUCCUGCGCUCCAGCUUGGCUCGUCUCUCCUACGCUUCCUUUGCCAAGCUUCUCGACACGUUCAGUGGCAGUGAGGUGUCGGACCCCCCCGCCCUUCAGCCAGCAGCCAGUCCCACGCUCAGACGCAUGGCCGUCACCAUGGAGGUGUCACGCAGGAUAGUGACAGCCACAGGAACCCAGCGCAUGCAAGGCUACGCUGAGAGCUACAUGGAGACCUUCGCCCCCUGGGUGAAGAGCCACGGAGGAUGGGAGAACGUGGUAUAUUUGGAAGAGCCUGCGGAGUAUGACUGAGUGUUCCGAGCUCUCGGGACAAUUUUAGUUCUGCUGACCCCAGAUCAGCACUGAGCUCUGGAGGAGGACAUCAGAGGCAGAGAGGGCCUCACUCUGCUGCUCUACACGGACUCUCACCUGUGAAAAGAUUCCAGAAGCCUCUGUGAUACAUGUUCCUCUGGAGCCUGGACAUCAGGAAGUACUUUGACGAGUACAUGGUCAGCAGGAAGCUGCUGUGGAGAUUCUUUGAUCACUGUGACUUUGAUAAGCAGUUUACAGUUGCAUCAUGAUUACGCCCCCCCCCACCCCCCCCCCGACCCACGGGGACAGAAUGCCUCCAGGCCCCGGAUCAAUUAGUAGGAGUAUUUUUACCUUUUUUUAUUCACCACUUUUUAAACUGUUGUUGUUUGUUAAAGGUGCUAUUUUAACAUUUUUUAUUAUAUAAUUCAUACACAGGUGUUGAAAACACAAACUGAAUCGUUUUUGUCUGCUGUUUACAGCAAUCAUGAUUAAAGUUAAUGAAAUGUGAAAAAGUACUGAUUGUACGUUUAUGCAAUGUAAUGUUUUUGAUAUAUAUUUAUAGAUGAGGACUUUUCACAAUGAUGUUAUUCAGAUACAGUCAGAAUGGGGGGAUCUUUAAUGGGCAUGUGGACCCUUUUUCUAACCCUAACCCUCAACCCAAACUCCCUGCAUGGCACCCCCCCAUGUCGGGGAUUGAAAAUGCUUCCUUGGCUAUUUAAGUAUUUUUACUUACAGUUUUAGUUUGACAUCUGUUAAAUAAAACAAAUUGACUCAUCAA